ACGUUUAUACUUUGCACGAGACAACAUACUAGUAAAGCAGUUUUUUAGAAAACUAAAACGGGAAAACAUAAAAAGUUCGCUUAUCGAAUUAAUGCAGUAAAAAACAAUGGUUUACACCGGUUACGAAAGCAACGUAUUGCAGAAUGCUGAGGAAACUGCAGAAUGGGUUCCAUAUGAAGAGCUCGAUUGGGAACAAGGCCUGGUGGCUUAUGAUGGAGUCGAACUUACUAGCGGAGAUGAGGAAGAGGUACAGCCCUCUUUGAACCGUAUGAUGAGCCUCAUCGACUACGACUUGGCGUUGAAGCAUCCACUGGAGCAUACUUGGACUCUAUGGCACUGGGAGAACGAUCGGUCAAAGAGCUGGACUGAAAUGCUCAGCGAUGUGACUAGCUUCAACACCGUUGAGGACUUCUUUAGUGUCUACUAUUUUGUCAAGCCGCCAUCAGAUCUCAAGAUAUAUAAUGACUAUAUGGUGUUUAAAGAGAACAUCCAACCCAUGUGGGAGGAUGAUAACAACAAAGAGGGUGGUCGUUGGAUUAUGCUGUUAGAUAAGGCUUCCAAGGACUUCAUCGAUCAAGUCUGGCAUGAUUUGCUCUUGUGCAUGAUUGGAGAGUGUUUCCAAUAUUCUGACGAGAUAUGUGGAGUUGUCAUAAACAUGCGCAAUAAGGCUAAUAAGCUCUCACUUUGGACCAAGGACUCACGCAAUGUCCAGGCUAUUCUGUCCAUUGGCAGGCAGAUCAAGCAGCUAUUGGAACUAUUGCAGCUGGGCGAUAUGGAGAUCCAGUACCAGGUGCACAGGGAUGCCAUGGUGCAGUACGGACCCAAUGUCCAUUCAAUAUACAAGAUGUAGGUCUUUCCAAGAAAAGCCAUCGUCCUUUGCCCAGUUCUUGGCUAGAAAUUUAGAUCAACGAUCGUAAAGAAUCAACGCAUAUGCUAAUAUAAUUGUCAAACUCACAUUUUAUACACGUACCAAUGCUUUUUUGGGAUGAAUAGCGGUUGUAGCAUGAAUAAAGCAUUGCAUAGAGAAACAGA